AUGGUCAAGAAGAAGGGUACUGGGACUGCAGGUGGUCGUGGUAUUUCGAUUGGCCCCAAUCCAAAUCCAGAUCAAGAUAUAAAAAGCCCUCACUCUUCAAAAUCAACCAAGAAGAAGAAUAAGAGUAACACCAACAAAGAUAACACUCAUACUUCAAAAUCGAAAACACUGAACAGUAAUAUAUUCAUGAUGCUCAACGCACUUGUGGCCUUCGGUAUAUUGGGUUCAGCAGUUUAUGCCCAGAAAGACAAAGAGGGUAUUAGAGGGUUGAUGAAGAGGAACAAUACUGGAAGUGGAUCUUCUGGUGCGCCUCGGUAUGCCCAGGUAAUUAGACCUAGUAGUUUCGCUGUUCUUGAUCAAGUACCUUCGCCAGUUGAUCAUAAUUAUACGACCUUGUUUUAUCCUCCUGGAACCGAUGAAAAUUCUUUGAAAGAGAAACCAUUCUUGAUCUUCGAUGAUGAAUUUUACGAUAUAAUCGGAUCGGAUCCCACUUUGACGGUUAUUGCCGAUGGAGGUACCAACCCUCUAUUCCACGAAGCGACCGUAUGGUAUCCACCUACUGACGAGGUGUUCUUCGUCCAAAAUGCCGGAGCACCAGCAGCUGGAACGGGAUUAGAAAAAUCGGCUAUCGUACAGAAAAUCAGUCUGGCCCAAGCACAAAACGUCUCAGCUAGUGACAAUGGAGGUUCGGUAGAUGUUAUCACUGUCAAUACUUCAGUACCGGUUAUCAACCCUAACGGAGCGACAAACUUCCGUGGUAAAAUUGUAUUUACAGGUGAAGGCCAAGGUGACAACGUACCACCUGCUUUGUAUCUGGUUGAUCCCAACGAACCGUACGAUACUACUGUCAUCCUGAACAACUACUAUGGUCGACAAUUCAGCUCUCUUAACGAUGUUGCCGUCAACCCCCGAAAUAAACAGUUGUACUUUACGGACGUGACAUAUGGCUACUUGCAAGAUUUCAGACCUGCCCCUGUCUUACCCAAUCAGGUUUACAGAUUUAACGUCGAUACCGGUGCGCUUGGAGUAGUAGCUGAUGGAUUCAAUCUGCCCAAUGGUAUCACUUUCUCUCCCGAUGGAAAGUACGCUUAUGUCGCUGAUACGGGUGCAAAUGCUGGUUUCUGGGGUUGGAAUUACACGAAUCCAUCAACUUUAUAUCGAUUUGAUGUGAAUGAUGAUGGUACUUUGGAUAAUCGAAAUACAUUUGCCUAUAUAGAUGUUGGAGUACCAGAUGGUGUUCACUGCGAUUCUAAAGGAAAUGUUUAUGCAGGUGUAGGAGACGGUAUAUCUGUAUGGAACCAAGCUGGAACGUUAUUAGGUAAAAUUUGGUUGGGUACUACGAGUGCCAACUUCCAAUUUGCAGGGAAAGGUAGAAUGGUCAUUUGUGCCGAAACGAAAUUGUAUUAUGUCACUUUAGGUGCUGAAGGUGCGGAUAUCACCAGUUCACAAUAUUCGGGUUGA